GAAAAAGUGAAAGCCCAUUUGUCUCCUAAAACUUUGUAUAAAAAUCACACCAGAAUCAGACAUCAGUACAUGUCACCUACGACACAAAGAAAAAAGCUCUGUAUACACGCACUUCUCCAAAUUCCAACCCUCACAUUCCCAUUUAAAGUUACAAAAUCUGAUAAAGAAUCUCAAAUUUUCAAUCUUUUUUCUGAUCUAAUGGAUACAAUCAAGUCUUUCAAAGGCUAUGGCAAAGUGGACGAAGUAGAAGAACAAGCUUUCAGGAAAAAAACACGUAAGCGUCUCAUUAUCUUAAUUGUCUCUGCCAUUCUUCUCCUCAUUGCAGUUGUAGCCAUAGUUGUUGGAACAGUUGUUCACAAAAAUAACCAAAAAGACUCCUCCAACUCAAAGCAAAUCCCUUCAACUACCUCUACUGCCCAAUCCUUAGAAGCUCUCUGUAGCGUAACUGAGUACAAAGAUUCUUGCUUUUCAAGUUUAUCUAAUUUAGCAGCCUCAAAUACCACUGACCCAGAAACGCUAUUUAUUCUUUCUUUAAAACUUGCCAAAGAUUCCCUAGUCAAUUUGUCUUCGGUACAACAAAAUUGGUCCAAAUUGACUAAAGAACCUAAAGUACAGCGCGCUCUUGAAGUCUGUGAGAGUGUAUUUGACGAUGCAAUCGAUAAGCUCAACGACUCUGUUUCAUCAGUAAAUGUGAACGAAGGCCAGAAGUUGCUUUCAGGACCAAAAAUUGAUGACCUCAAGACUUGGUUGAGCUCAACAUUAACAGAUCAAGAAACAUGUUUGGAUGCACUUGAAGAAAUGAAUGCUACAUUUGUGAACGAUGUUAAGCUUUUAAUGAAAAACUCAACUGAAUAUGCUAGUAACAGUUUAGCUAUUGUGGUUAAUAUUUUGGGAAUUCUUGGUCAAUACAACAUUCCAAUUCACAGGAAAUUGUUGAGCAAUGAGUUUCCCGAAUGGGUUCGGCCCGGUGAUAGGAGACUUUUGCAAGAGGUUAAUCCGAAACCAGAUGUGACAGUGGCAAAAGAUGGAACAGGAAAUGUACUGACUAUUCAAGAGGCGGUGAAAAGGGUGCCUAAGAAGAAUAAAGUAAGAUUUGUGAUAUAUGUGAAAGCGGGUGAAUAUGUUGAAACUGUGAGAAUGGACAAAUCUAUUUGGAAUGUGAUGAUGUACGGAGAUGGCAAAACUAAGACCAUUGUUUCCGGCAGCUUGAAUUUCAUUGAUGGAACUCCAACUUUUGAUACGGCCACAUUUGCUGUUGCUGGUAGAGGAUUCAUAGCCAGAGACAUGGCAUUCAAGAACACUGCUGGAGCAGCGAAACAUCAGGCCGUGGCCAUGCGAUCGCAGUCCGAUCACUCUGUAUUUUACAGGUGCCUCUUUGAUGGCUUCCAAGACACACUCUAUGCUCACUCCAAUCGUCAAUUUUACCGCGAAUGUGACAUUACAGGCACCAUUGAUUUUAUCUUUGGUAGUGCCGCAGUUGUUUUCCAAAGUUGUAAAAUCCAGCCCAGGCAGCCCCUGCGCAAUCAGUUUGUUACCAUUACGGCCCAAGGGAAAAAAGACCCAAAUCAGAACUCAGGCAUGUCUAUUCAAAAAUGUGAUUUGUCACCAUUGGAUGAUCUCACUGCUCCAACAUAUUUGGGCAGGCCUUGGAAGCAAUAUUCGACUACCGUCAUUAUGCAGUCGAAUAUUGCUUCCUUCUUGCAUCCUGUAGGUUGGAUUGAAUGGGUUCGAGGCGUAGAGCCCGCCGACACCAUUUUCUAUGCCGAAUACCAAAACACAGGCCCAGGUGCAGGUGUGGCCCAAAGGGUCAAAUGGGCUGGUUAUAAGUCCAGUAUCACACCAGCUCAGGCCGCCAAGUUCACAGUACAGUCUCUCAUACAAGGAGAUACUUGGUUACCAGAUACAGCAGUGGUCUUUGAUUCCUCCUUGUAAGACGGUUGCUUCUCUAGGAAGUAAAAAACAUCAGUUUCUUUUUAUUUGAAAUCAGUUAUUUUGCAAUGUACUAUGUGUAUUCUUUUUCUCGCAACAACAUUCUUUUAACCCACAGGAAUAUGCUUGUAAUUCUAUGAAAUUAGCAGUGUACUAUCAUUAUGUGAAGAAAACUGACACACAUGAUUUACUUUGCAA